AUGGACGCCCUCGUCCAAGUCUUCGCCCACUCGCUGGAUCCCAAUCCAAACGCUCGCAAGGCGGCUGAGCUCGAGCUCAAAAAGGUCGAAGCCCAAGAUGGAAUGCUGUCGACCGUCUUCCAGAUCGUCGCUUCCGCACACGUCGAUGCUUCGGUGAGGCAAGCCGCUGCCAUCUACUUCAAGAACCGCGUCCGUAGACAUUGGGACUCGGCGCCCGUUCGUGGUGGUCCCGCCGUCGUCAGCAUCUCCCAGGCAGACAGGGAUGCCAUCAAGGCCAUCCUCCUCCAGACGCUUGUCGAGGCACCCGCCCCCAUCCGUGUGCAUGUCGCAAGCGCACUCGGCACUGUAGCACGCUGCGACUUCCCAGACCAGUGGCCCCACCUCAUGGACCAGAUCGGCCAGCUGCUGCAGAGUCAGGAUCCUCAGCAGGUCUACGGCGGUCUGCGCGCGCUCCUCGAAGUAGUGCGUGCCUACAGGUGGAACAACGGCGUCAAGAUGAUGGAGCAGCUUGCACCCGCCACCCUUCCACUCAUUCUCCAGACCGGAAACAACCUGCUCAACUCUGACAAUGCCUCAUCCUCUCACGUCGGCGAGAUCCUCUACCUCAUCCUCAAGAUCUACAAGACCUCGAUGCACACCGAGCUUACCAAGCACCAGCAAUCGCACGAAUCCAUCGUCCCAUGGGGUACUUUCUUGCUGCAGGUUGUCCAGAAGGAGAUCGCCCCUUCCGAGCUACCCGAAGACGACGAUGCAAAGGAGGUCGCCCCUUGGUGGAAGGCCAAGAAGUGGGCUUUCCACUCGCUCAACAAGCUCUUCUCGCGCUAUGGCAACCCGUCUCAGCUGCCCUCGGACAUGAAGAACUACAAGCCCUUCGCCGAGAACUUUGUCCAGACGUUCGCUCCCGAGAUCCUCAAGGUCUACUUGCGCAUCGCCGAUGCCAACAGCCAGGGCUCCAUGUGGAUCUCCAAGAAGGCUUUCUACUUCCUCUGCAUGUUCUUCACUGAAUGCGUCAAGCCCAAGUCCACCUGGGCGCUCCUCAAGCCUCACGUGCUUCAGCUCACCCAGUCGUUCAUCUUCCCGCGUCUCUGCUUCAGCGAGGAGGAUGACGAGCUGUGGGAGCUCGACGCGGUUGACUUCGUACGUGCCAACCUCGACCCUUUCGAAGAGAUCGGCUCUGCCUCUGGAUCCGCCGCGACCUUUGUGCAGACUGUCGCAUCCAAGCGCACCAAGAGCUCGUUCAUGCCGCUGCUUGAAUUCGUCACCUCGGUCGUCAACGCGUACCCGGCCCAGAGGAGUGCCAAGGAGAAAGACGGCGCUUUCCAUCUCUGCCGCGCCAUGGAUCUGACCAUGGUCAACCACGAGAAGGUCUCGGGCAUGCUCGACUCCUUUUUCGCGCAGCACGUAAUCCCCGAGAUGAAAAGCGAGCACAAGUUCCUCCGCUACCGCGCGUGCGACUUGGUCAAGGCGUUUGAUCACAACGGUAUGCAAUGGAGCAACAACGCUACGCUCGAGGCUGCCUUCCGCGGGGUGAUGGACUGCAUCGGCGAUGCUGAGCUGCCCGUUCGUGUGGUUGCCGCCGAAGCGAUUGGCUCGCUGAUUGAUCAUGACGAGGUGCACGAGGCCAUGGCGCCGAACGCGGCUCGACUGAUGCAGGAGCUGCUCAAGCUGUCGGACGAAACGGAUCUCGACAUUCUUUCGCCCACCAAGUCCAAAGUGGUCGCCAACUUUGGCGAGGAGUUGUUGCCAUUCUCGAUCCAAUUGACCCAGCAGAUGGCCGAGUCGUACAUGCGUCUAGUCAACGAGAACCUCGAAAGCGCCGAUCGCGAUCCGGAUGGCACCAUGGAGCUCAACAUGGACAACCACGAGGACGACAAGCUCUUUGCGGCCAUGGGCUGCCUCAACACCAUCUUCCAGAUUAUCGCCUCGGCCGAGUCGAAACCAGAGAUCCUCGAGAAGCUCGAGGAGGUGGUAUUGCCCAUCGUGGCUUUCACGCUGGAGAAGGACUGCGUCGAGCUGUUUGACGACUGUCUCGAGUUGACCGACACGCUGACGUACUACCAGAAGAAGGUAAGUGCGGGCAUGUGGCACAUCUUCACGCUGAUCUACAAGAGCUUCAAGGGCGCUGGAAUCGACUAUCUGUCCGAGAUGCUGCCGACGAUCGACAACUGCGUCUCGUACGGCGUCGAGGUGGUGCAGCAGUCGCAGGAGUACAAGUCGAUGCUCGUCGACAUUUUCCUGACCGCCAUGACCUCGGAUCAGCUGGGUAUCACCGACCAGGUCGCCGCGUGCAAGCUGGCCGAUGUCAUUCUGCUCCUGUUGCGAGGAGGCGUGGAUGAGGCGUUGGCGCAGAUCGUCAAUGCUGUCCUGCCGCAUACGGUCGACGAGGAGAAGAUCAAGGCGGAUGUGCGCAAGUGGUCGAUCAUUGUCGUGCUGGAUGCGCUGGUGUAUAAUGCGGCGGCGACGCUGCAAGUGUUGGAGGCGGCUGGCGCUACGACGGCGCUGUUUGGCGCUGUGACGUCGCUGUUGCCCAAGCUGACACGUGUGCACGAGAAGAAGGUGGCGUCGUCGGCGAUCAUCCAGCUGCUGGCGCUCGAGCCUGCCUCGCUGCCCGCUGCGCUGCAGAACAACCUGGCGGCGUUCCUCGUUGCACUGGCCACGCAGCUCGACGGGCUGCCGGAAGCGAUCAAGAAGCGCAACGAGAUGCUCGAGGCAUUCGAAAAUGAGGACGAGGACGACGACGAGGAGGGCGAGACGUCGUUCGCGUCAUCUUCUGGUGGAGCCAACGUCGACACGUCUGGAUUCGAGGAUGUUGACGACGACAAGGACGUGGUGGACGAGGACAACGAGUAUCUCGAGAUGUUUGCGCGCGAGCGAGCCAAGUUGCGCGCGCGGGCCAACGGCGAGGAGCUGGAAGAGGACGACGAGGAGGACGAUUUCGAGGAGGACGAUGACGAGGAGGACGAGCUGAGCUACGAAUCUCCCAUGGACUCUGUACCCGUAUUCGAACAGUUCAGACAGCUGCUGGCGAGCUACCAGUCUCAGAGGCCCGAGGUAUGGGCCAAGCUCUCGGCGCAGUUGACGCCCGAUCAGAUGCAGUUGAUCCAGCAGGCCGCCGAGGGGCAGGACGAGAGGGUCAAGACAUUGUAG